AAUAAGAGAAGCAAAUACAUUGAGUAAAACAUUCCAGUUUCUUUCCCUGUACUAGGCCUACUAGUCCUAACGUAUGUUUGGGUUUACCCAGUGGAUGUCAUAUAUAAAUCCAGUGCUGCGGAUCUCCCUUGAAUCAGUUUAGACGUCUUGCUGAGGGACUGAGAGUCGGAUGGCAGCUUGUCAUUGCAUGUUUGCUGGGGCUCUUCAGGCCUGAGAGGCACAGCUUAACAUGGGAUCCAGCCUGGCCAAAGCCCUGCAGGAGCUGCUUGCCAAACCCGUCGAUGUCCAGACACUGAGCAUAGCCAUUUUUAUCUUAGGCUUGGUUGUCUUCACGGUGCUAUGUCUGCUGUUCAGUCUGCUGCAUGUGUCUCACAAACCACCGCUACAAAGCAAGAAGAAGAGAAGAAGAUCACUGGGUCCCUAUGUCAACCAUGUCCCCUCGGUCUCAACCACACAAGGCGCAAGAAACAGAGUGCAUGGGAAGAACAAGAAGACGGCCAACGAGAAUCAUUCCUCUAGUCAGCAAGUAACUGUGAGCUGCAGGGAAGUGCCUCGAUACCAACUGAAUGCGUUAUGUGUUAGCUGUGGCAGGGUACAGUCCAAGAAAGCGUGCAGAUACUCCCGCUGUGGCGAAUGUUGCCGGGCCAACAAGGCCUCAAUCUGCACAGCACAUGGGACAGGAGGCUCAGCCGCUCUCGGCAUUGUGGAGGGUGCCCUGGAUGACAGACCGCAAGAAUUAGACCUCAGCUACAUGAACCUGAAGCAGUGUCCAUCACGCAUUGGCUACGUCGGUACUCAGCUGGUCUGCCUGAAUCUCAUCAACAACCGAUUGACGGAGUUGCCAGAGGAAAUCGGUCUCCUCAGAGGGCUGGAAGAACUCUUCCUGCAGUACAACUGCCUCAAAGAACUACCAGAUUCCAUCGGACAGUUUCACAAGCUGCAAGAGCUAGACUGUAAGAAUAACCACCUGUGCAAGCUGCCUGGCAGCUUGGGGAACCUCAGUUUGCUGUCCAUUUUCAAUGCUACCAACAAUCUGCUGCAGUCACUGCCCAGCGAGAUAGGGAACCUGACCCGGCUGGAGGAACUCUGUCUACAUUCCAAUCAGCUAACUAAACUACCUGACACAAUAUGCAAUCUUGUGAACCUAACGGCCUUGUAUUUGGGAGAGAACAGACUGACAAAAUUACCAGCUGGGCUGGGCAAGUUGAUUAUGCUGACAGAGUUAGACCUUUCUUCCUGUGAACUAACUGAACUGCCAGAUUCCCUGUCAAGGUGCACUUCACUCAUCAAAGUUUGGCUCUCUAACAACAAGCUGCAAACAUUGCCAGACCAGUUGGGUAGACUGCACCAGCUCAAAGAACUUCACGUCAGGAAUAACUGCAUCCGCUAUUUCCCUGCCUCUCUGUCGUAUCUACAGCUCUACACCUUCAGUGCCAAUCAGAAUCCACUGCUUUAUGAAUGGGACGAACCGGUCAGGGCCAAGCUGACCGUUAGUCCAGACACUGAUGUGCCCCCGUUGCUAGAGCUCGCAGCCAGACAAGUUGCCCGAUGCAAUGUUGCUUGGAAUGACGGGGACUUACCAUCAGAACUGGCAGACCUCCUGAGGAGUCGUAAGCAGUGUUCCAGCUGUGAGGGGCCGUUCUUCCGAUACUACCAAUCCGAAGUUGUCUUUGCCAACAUCGGUAUCUUCCACCGGGUGCCUCUCUACCAGCAGAUCUGUAGUCCAUUCAACAACAUGCACUGCCAACCUGUGGACCUGACAUGAUGGCCAGCCACACCAUUCGCCCCGUGAUUUACAAAAGUCGUGUGCAAUAUGUAAUUUUCAUCGGUCGCAUUCUUCAUCUUUACCGUUUAUGCCAUGGGCCUGUGUGCUUCAGAUCUUGCUGGUUUGGCCAAAAGAUCACAGAGGAGGUCAUGCGGUCAUUUGGUUCAUCUGUUUUGGGCUUGACAGACAUUUUCUCCAAAAUUCUAUAAGUCGUGUAGUGUUUUAGGUUAGAAAGCCUGUGGUACCAAUUUAUGCUAAGCUUCUCUGGGUAUCUUUCCAUUAUAAUAAUAAAAGCAUAUCAGAAGGAAGGACGUCCAUCGUUGUUCAGUCCUUUGUGCUUCACAGAAAGGUACAUGUAUCACCAUAUUUGUACACAGAAAAUAAAUUAAGAUCAUCAGCAAUAGAAUACUGGGAAUUGAUACUCAGAAAUUAGGCACGUUUGAGUUUUUAAGGCCACAGUUGUCAUUUGUAAAGAAAGCGGAAUAUGAUUGUGUUAGCUUGUUGAGAGUUUUUCAAAGCCUUUUAAGUGGUUUUUCAAUUCAUUGAAACCUCUGUGUAUUUUGCCAUUUAGCUUAAAUCUAAACGGACUGUUUCUUUCAAUAUUUGAAGUAUUUAAAUGCUGUUUUAAAAUUUAUCUGUAAUGAACAUUCUCACAGAAAUUGCCAAAAAAGUAACAUUUGUUUUGAUUUGAAUGUACAUGUAAGUGUGCAAAUGUUGUGGGCAAUUUAAUGCAAUGUGCUUUUCAUUUUAUAUUAGUCGUGAAAUAAGUUUAAAAAGGAAGGAUUGAAUGCAAGUCAUAAACUAAUGUUAGACUCAGAUAAUGCAGACAGAAGGACAUGGACACCAUUUACCGAUGUUUUCUUGUACUUAAGCCCUAAAAGAGCCGGGGACGGGGAUGGGCGUUGUCCCCCCCUCCCGACAUAUUCUCCAAUAUCAUUGUAAUGCACUGUUAUGUGGCGAACCUUUUUCCAAUAACAUCUAACAACCAUUUUGAUAUCAGUUUCAUGACAAUUGGACACACCAUUCCUGGCAAAGGCUCAGUUUUCUGACACAGGUGUGCCCAAAAUGUUACCGAGUUUUGCCCAUUGACGCGUGCUGAAUGCAUGCAGGCCAACACACAUGAGGGUCUGAACUGUAAAUUACCUUAUAUAUAUUAAAUGAAAUGAAUCUUCACAGAUGUACCCGCGAUGAAUGUCUUUGCAUGCAUGCAAAUUUUCAGUGAUAGGACAACCAAGAACUGGGGGAGAGCUGUUAGAUGGUUCGGACAGAUAGGCAAAUAGCCGAGUAUAAUCUGUAUGUGGACGAUUUGAA